AUGUCAUCUAUGCAGGGUUUCCUGGCAGCCCUUUUCGUCUACUUUGUGCGUUGGCUCACCAUGCGAACAGGGCGAACAUGUAAGGCAUCAGAUGCAAGGAUUCAAUUUAUCGCAUGA